CCCACCCUCACCCCCACUCCCUCCGCGCUCCGGGCGAGUUUCCUCUCUAAACCUUUGGGGGAAGCUGAGAGCGCAGGCCGAGUGCUCCUGGCUAGGAGGUGACCCUGCAGCGCCACCGUGCGGCCAAAGCAGGCUCCUACAACUCGUCAAAGGCUUCGAGGAUGCCCAUAGCCUCCCACCAAAUGCCCAUAAACUGCGGUAAUACUAAGAAACAAGAGCUGGCCUUUAUUUGAACGUUUGCUAUAAGCUAAGCACUGCGCCUACUGCGCUUUGAAGCGAGUAUUAUUCUCAUCUCCCAGAAGAGGAACUGUAAGUAACUCGGAAUGGAGAGGCCGGAACAGACACUUUCUCUAGCAUUCUACUAAAUACUUGGAAAUCUGGAGCGGGGCGUUUCCAAGUCCUCCCAUCUUCCUAGGGCUGGGUGGCCCCUCCAUUUCUGCUCCGGUGAGUGUCACCCACUUCUCCAUUUUUAAUGACUACAGAGGUCAGAAGCCAGAGGGUUUGUCUUCUCAGACGUCCAGGAACCUUGGUAGAAAAAGGACUUUUAGGACCUAAGAAUUGAACCAGGAAAACUGGCUGGUUCCCACGGUGAAAGGUAUGAUGCUUGACACACAGCGGGAGUUCCAGGUUUGCUCUGCCUCUAACUGCCUCUGUGACGGGGUGGGGUGAGUCCUUCCUCAGCAGGACUUCGACCUCCUGGCUAAAGAGGAGGCUUCUAGAUACUGGUAACCUCUCCUCCCACCCCAGGAUUUACCCUCUCCACAGCUGCCCUCUGCCCCACCCAAACCAGUUCUGACAUCCUGGCGAAGCCCUGAACUGUGUGGCAUGAAAGCCCUCGGAGAACACCAUGGCAUUCCUGAGCUUCCUCUGAAGCUCUGGGCAGAGAAAGGCUCCAUGCCUCUGACAAAGGCCUGGGGGUGGGGAGAGGGCUGCAUUAUGAUGACCUCAUCCAUUCUAUGACAUCACCCCCUCUCCCACGCCCACUCCUCUCUGGCCAGCGGCUCUGCAAAACAACCAUCAGUACAAAUCCCAAAGGCCUGAAAAAGUCUGCCCUCCAAUACCUGCUAGCGAUCUUCUGUCUCAGCCAAUAAGAAGCACCAUGAAACUGGAAUUCACAGAGAAAAACUACAACAGCUUUGUGCUGCAAAACCUGAACAAACAGAGGAAGCGCAAAGAGUACUGGGACAUGGCCCUGACUGUGGACCACCAUGUCUUCUUCGCACAUCGCAACGUGCUGGCUGCCGUCUCUCCACUAGUGAAAAGUCUCAUCUCCAGCAACGACAUGAAGACCACUGAUGAACUCUAUAUCACCAUUGACCCCAACUAUCUGAGUCCAGCGACGGUGGACCAGCUCCUGGACUACUUCUACAGCGGCAAAGUGGUGAUCUCAGAGCAGAAUGUAGAGGAGCUGCUCCGGGGCGCGCAGUAUUUCAAUACCCCACGCCUUCGGAUUCACUGCAAUGACUUCCUUAUUAAGUCUAUUCGCCGCGUCAACUGCUUGCGCUACCUCUUCUUGGCUGAACUGUUCGAGCUCAAAGAAGUAUCAGACUUGGCCUACUCUGGCAUUCGUGACAACUUCCACUUCUGGGCCAGUCCCGAGGGCUCUAUGCACUUCAUGCGCUGCCCGCCCGUCAUCUUCGGCCGCCUGCUCCGGGAUGAAAACCUUCACGUGCUCAACGAGGACCAGGCUCUCAGUGCACUCAUCAGUUGGGUGUACUUCCGGAAGGAGGAGCGGGAAAAAUACUUCAAGAAGUUCUUCAAUUACAUCAAUCUCAAUGCUGUCUCCAACAAGACGCUGAUGUUUGCCAGCAACAAGCUGGCAGGCUUGGAGAACAACUCUGCCCACGCGACUUUGAUCGAAAGUGUCCUGAUGGACCGUAAGCAGGAGCGCCCGUGCAGCCUGCUAAGCUACCAGCGGAAAGGGGCCCUGCUUGAUUCGGUGGUCAUCCUUGGUGGCCAGAAGGCCCAUGGCAAGUUCAACGAUGGAGUGUUUGCCUAUAUCAUCCAGGAGAACCUGUGGCUGAAGCUCUCAGAGAUGCCGUACAGGGCAGCGGCACUUAGUGCCACUGCUGCUGGCCGUUACAUCUACAUAUCCGGUGGCACCACUGAACAGAUUUCAGGACUGAAGACAGCGUGGCGGUAUGACAUGGACGACAACUCCUGGACCAAGCUGCCUGACCUGCCCAUUGGGCUUGUCUUCCACACCAUGGUGACCUGUGGGGGAACAGUUUACUCAGUGGGUGGGAGCAUUGCCCCACGCCGGUACGUCUCUAACAUCUAUCGCUACGAUGAACGCAAGGAAACCUGGUGCUUGGCAGGGAAGAUGAGCAUCCCCAUGGAUGGCACAGCAGUGAUCACUAAGGGUGACCGGAACCUGUACAUUGUCACUGGGCGAUGCCUGGUAAAGGGCUACAUCUCCCGGGUCGGUGUAGUGGACUGCUUUGACACCUGUACAGGGGAAGUAGUCCAGUGUAUCACCUUCCCCAUCGAAUUCAACCACCGGCCCCUGCUCUCAUUCCAUCAGGACAACAUCCUCCGUGUACACAGCCACCGGCAGAGCGUGGAAAUCAAUUUACAGAAGAUCAAGGCCAACAAGUCAACAACCUCAAUACCUCUGUUGCCCAACAGUUGUCCCUUGGAUGUAUCCCACGCUAUCUGCUCCAUCGGAGACAGCAAGGUAUUUGUAUGUGGGGGCGUCACCACAGCCAACGAUGUCCAGACAAAAGACUACACCAUCAAUCCUAACGCUUACUUGCUGGACCAAAAGAUAGGUGAAUGGAAGACCCUUGCCUGCCCACCUGAGGCACUGGACUGUCCUGCGUGCUGUCUAGCCAAGCUACCUUGCAAGAUUCUUCAAAGAAUUUAAACAACUUUUUAAGUGGGAGAAUAAGUAAAUGCAUUAUCAUUCACAAUUUAAUAACAGAGAGCAAGGGAGGAAUGUGGCUU